CCGUUUGAAAAGAUCUGAGACAGGCAGCACACGAGCAGGCAAUCCGGACCGACAAAAGCUGAAAGUGACGGCGAAAAACCGACCCGAGCGACCCUGGCCGAAGCGACCCAGCCGUCCUUCGUCAUUUUGGUUCUCGCGAUGGCGCAGCCCCAGUCCGAAGGUAUCAAUGCUCAGAUGGGUCGACGCUAACCAUGGAAAAGCCGACUGUUGCAUGUGUUGCAGCCAAGGCAUCUGUGGACGCCGGCGAGUCCGCCACGACCUCUCAGCAGCAGCAGCCGUCGGGUCCCCUCGCCAUGGCAACAGCGGCUGCCGUCGGCACCACGGGCAAUGGCAAUGGCAACGGCCGAUACGGUAAGCCUGACAUCAGCUGCCGGCGGAUGGAUGGAUGGAUGGAUGGAUGUCCUCUCUUCCGCGUGUUGUCUGUCGUUGCUGCAGUGUCUGUUGGUGAGGGUCGUGUGUACGGGCAGCGGGAGUGGAAACUGAUCACCCCGUGGCUCAAGGGUGCUGCACACACACGGCACACCCACCAUCCAGAACGAGCCGUGUUUGCAAUGGUCCUUGGCUGCGUGUGGUCUGUGUGUGCAGUUGGUGACAAGGUGAGUGUGCUGAACGCCAAUCCGCUGUACGUGGAGGCCGAGUGCGUCGAGGGCGACCGCAAGGGCGUCACCGGCAAGUUCAUGCCCAAAUGCGUCAACUUCGACAACACAUUCGUCGGUACGUAACACAUUCGUCGGUACGUCGAAUGUGUUAUCGAAAACUAGGAGGAGGGGGUGAGGUGGACACACCGACGACCUGGAUGGGGGACGCCGCAUCAGUGCGUGUGCGUGGGAGACAUGGGGUAUGGCGAUGAACGAGGGUGCUCUGUGCGUGGGUGUGUGCAUUUUCAGAUGUUGCUGAGGCCGGCGCUGCCCCGAAGGCGAAAGUAGGCAGCACCACAGCACUACACAGCACCCCUCCAUGGCCAUGCACACCACACACCACACACCACCACACCAUACGGAGGGAGAUCCAGACGAUGACCGUCCUGUGCUCCACCCUUCCCUUGUGUGUCAUUGUCGUGUGUGGUGCAGGCCAAGGGGAAGGGCGAGGCCAAGUCUGGUGGUGGCAAGGCGGGUGCUGCCCCGAAGCACCCUUCGUUUGAGGAGAUGAUCAAGGAGGCCAUCGGCACACUCAAGGACCAGUCAGGCAGCAGCCUGUUCGCCAUCAAGAAGUUCAUCCAGGCCAAGUACUCCCUCGACGUCGAGGACGCACGCACCAAGCACCACCUCAGCCGCUCACUCUAUAAGCCAAGAAACUCAUCAUGGUAUGUACAGGGGGAGGGUAGAUGAUAAUGGUGUGGUGGGAUGGUGUGGUGUGGUGUGGUGUGGUGGGUGCAUCUCGACGUGUGGCGUGUGUUGGUGUGUUGUGUGCAGAUCAAGGCGUCGUACAAGUUGAACAUGAACGUGGGCUGCCAAGAUUGGCCGCCGCUGAGGGUACGCACGCACCCCACACAAACCACACACCACACCACACCACACCUUCAGUGUGAUGUAUGUGUAGUCUGACGACAUGAGACACUGAUCUCUAUCGUAUGCAUGUGUGGAUGGAUGGAUGGAUGGAUGUGUGGAUGUGUGUGUUUGUCUUCUCCUUUGCCGCCCUGCCUGCCAAUCGAUUCGCCGUGUCUGGGCGUCGCCUCUCCGUUCUUGACCCAUGCAGAGCGACGCCUCCUGCCUGCCUGCCUUCUAUUCCCUGACUGGCUAAGUCGUCCGUGUGUGUGGUUUGGGGUGUCCGUGUGUGUGCGUGUGUGUGGACCGUUUGCCGACACUUUGGCAUGGAGCGACUGGAUGGAUGGAGUGAGAAUUGAUUGAUGCACACACAGCAAGUCACA